CGUGCGUAUCUUGGCAUGGAAGGGCCGCCUGGCACGACGCCGAUCGGCAGCCACCGCGCGCGCAAGGUGCUGCGGGCCUCGCUUCUGCUGCCAGAGGCGGCCGCGCUCGAGAGUCUUCCGAGCCUCGAGUACCUCGAGCGCACAAGCGUCAAGGCGUUCCUUGAAGACGCGCUCAAGCAGCUGCUUCUCGAGCGCCCCGAGAGCGCCGCCCGCUUCUUUGACAAGUAUUUUUCCAGAGUGCUAGCCAUGACGCACGUCGAAGGCCGGUCCUUUGAGUUCGUCGAUGCCAAUCUCCGCAAUCGCCUCGCGUUUCUCGCGCUCCUCGACAGCGCGCUUGGCCACAUUGACGAUGCGUACGAGAUGACGAUGGACGACUUUCACCAGCUGGCGGCCGCGAACUGCCAUGGCUUGCCGCGCUCGCUCGUGGCCCAAGCGUGCGGCCACCUUCUCGAGCCCGAGAGCAGCGCCGUCGAGAUCCCAUUCAAGCGCAUCCUGACAUGCUUCCGGGCGUGCUUGAUCUACAAUGAGUUCUUAGCCCACGUCUACCACAUUUACGCCGAGUACGCGCGGCCCGAGAAGAAGGACGCGGCCGCGCUCGAGACGGCUGACGAGAAGCGGCGCAAGGACGGCGCGCAGGCCAAGCUCAGUGAAGCCGUCGUCGCCAAGGUCCGCGACGAGCACCGCGGGUGCCACGAAAGGUUCACCUGCCCCGCGCUGUCCGUCGUCGAGGCGUGUCUGUACACCAGUAGCACCUUCAAGCAGUUCUGCGGGGCCUUUGUCGAGCAUGUCGCAAUCGACGCUGCGAUCAAUGAACUCCACAGCGCGCACGAGAAGGUGGGCGAAGCCGUCUUUCGGCUGGCAACGGGCGACGCCACCGACGGCCCAGACAUGGACACACUCAAGCAGCCGCGCAAGACGACCAAGCGGCGCGCCUCGUCCAAGGCGGCCAAGCGCGGGUAGCCGGCGAUGCAGAGGCAGGGGCGCUGCGAUCUUGGCCCGCAGCUGGCGCCGCCAAAUUUUAGGAGCUUGUAUUCUGCAUGCCCGUUUUCAGCCAAUGGCCUUGCCGUAAUGAACGAGUUUUAUCCAA